CUUCAUUCAAGAAGAGAUUUUUUUUGCCGUGUGUGUUGCUCGCUCCUGUGUGGCUCGCUCGCUGUUGAAUCACAGAGCACUUUUCGCAAGGAAAUUCGCAUUUCGCGAAACGCGACUGUGUAGCUGUGAAACCGUAGAAGUACCUAUUUUAUUUAAAUUAGUUGCUAAUUAAUUUUCUGUGAAACCAUUUACUGAACUAAAAUGGCUGGCUCAGCUCUGAGACGACUUAUGGCAGAAUAUAAACAGCUUACUCUCAAUCCACCAGAAGGCAUCAUUGCAGGCCCAAUCAAUGAAGAAAAUUUCUUCGAAUGGGAGGCACUUAUAAUGGGACCAGAAGGGACAUGCUUUCAAGGAGGUGUAUUUCCAGCCAAACUGUCAUUCCCGCCAGACUACCCUCUCAGCCCUCCAAAGAUGCGUUUCCUCUGUGAGAUGUUCCAUCCUAACAUUUAUGCAGAUGGGAGAGUUUGCAUAUCCAUUCUGCAUGCGCCAGGAGAUGAUCCUAUGGGGUACGAGAGCAGUGCUGAACGUUGGUCCCCAGUACAGAGUGUAGAAAAAAUUUUGCUCUCUGUAGUCAGUAUGCUAGCAGAGCCAAAUGACGAAAGUGGUGCUAAUGUGGAUGCUGCUAAAAUGUGGCGCGAAGAUAGAGAGCAAUUCAACAAAAUUGCCGAGCAAAUAGUCAGGAAAACACUAGGCCUAUGAAUUGCAUGAAUGCCAAAUUAAAUUCAUUUUAUUACCUACUCAUACUAUUUCAACAAUAUUUAUCAAAAUUGGGCAAAAUAAUCAGUGAAAGUUAUGUAGAAGACUUCACUGGUAUGAAAAGCUUUUUGCAUUUCCAUAUUUAAUAUAGUAGCAUUCAUAACAUAGUUGAACUAUUAUAUUACUUGUACACCAGUCAUCAUCAUGAUCUUGUGAAUUAUUCAAUAAUCAUGUUAUGUAUAUUCUAUUCGGCAAAAAAUUAAAAGUACACUACAUAAAAUCAUACAUUAUUCGCUGACGUUAUUUGAUGCGCAAUUAUUUUGUAAAUGUUUACACGGACACCGUUUACACAUUAGCUUUGUGGCGAAGUGAGAUAUUGAAAUGGUUCGCUGUCAUUGUUUCGCGACAGAUUAGUGCUAACGUAACGUAAUACCUAAAUAAUGCCUUUGCGAAUUAAUGAAUAAGCAAUAUUUUAUCUAAUAAAUGUAGGUUUACGAUUUGAAUUAUGAGAUUUGCGUUAAGCUAAUUUUACAAUUAGUUGUGCAAACUAUUUGGUAUUUGACACCAUUAUUAUAAGUGCAUGUUUAGAGGUCGUAAAAAUUUUUUAACGUAUUCUUGGUAUUAAAGAAUAUUAAUAUUUAUAUUUUAUUUAUUUUAAAACAACAAAAGAUCUAGUCUAUGUAACAUUUUAAUUGAAAAUUUUAUGGUAAUAAAUUACUCGCUUUAAUUCACCCAGGUGAACAAAGUGGAAUAAUCUAAAAUCUCAUUCAGAUGCAUGUCUAGGUAUACAAACACUGUAUCUGACAGGGCGGGCUUCCCCAAAAAUGCCUAUCCACUAGUGCCUUGAAGGUGUUUGGGUUUGGUCAAAAAUAUUGUUUUCUGCCAACAUUUACUUGCUACUAAGUUUUGUUGUUCAUCAAAUGGCGCAAGUACACAAUGCGAGAAAUUGAACGAGACGAACCGCGAGAUCGCACACCAAAGUAUGGGCGACAUCCAGCGAAACUAACCGAAUUGAAUAUUUGCACUAUACGUCUCGAUCAAUAUCCCGCAUAGUGUACUUGCGCCAAAAGACAAAAUAGGUGUGUAUUUUAUUUUAUAAGUAUAGCUACAUUAUAAUUUCGCGUAGAUGCUAAAAUGUUAGGUGUAUUACUGGAGAGGAUAUUUGUGUAGAAUAUACAUAUUUCUUUGAAGUUUUAUGUAAUUUUAUAGUCUAAGUACUAGGUAGUAC